AUGAAGGCGAUGACAACGGCGGUGCGCUGUCGCGACGGGUGCGGCGACUUUGGGAUCGAGGAGCUCGAGUAUGUGUGCGUCGAUUGCGAUACGAGGCGGCGACUUCAUCAAGUCAAUGCAUCGCCGCCGACACUUCCCGAACGAACACGGCCUGCCGCUCGUCCGCAAGGCAAAGAAGCAUGGCGCGCGUUCCAAGCUCUAGGAAGAGAACAGGACGCGACGGCUAUGGCGUCAGAGGUGCGGGCCUUCGAAGAGAGUGUUGCGGCCAAGCGGCAGGUGUCGACGGCGCUCAAGCAUUACAUGCUCGCCACUAACAACAUGGAAGAAGUCGAUAAAGCCGUGUGGAUUCAGCACUCGUCAUCGCAAUGCACGUCGCUGCCGUAUGUGGAUUAA